AUGGACAGCAGCGUGCACUGCACCCGCCGAUCGUGACGGGAAAGAAGAAGUGCGAUGGGCGACAGCGGGGCUUGAAGAAGAAAAACACCCACCGCCGGUACUCGUGCCCGGAGAAGAACAUCACCGGUGGAAAUGGAUUUUAUUCUAUCAGGGCUGAACAGCAUCAAUCGCUUUAUCCCAGACUAUUUCAUCAGGCCCUUCUUGAUCGCCUUCAACUGCUUCGGCAUGUUGAUCACGGGAACUCUAAGCUCCGCCGUGCUUUUGGAAUUCCUAGAGCACCACUACAUUCACACCAAGGGAGGACGAAACCUCAGGAACACGGCGUUAGCCCAAGUGAUCGCCACAGUGGAACUUGGUCUCAUUUCGGUGGGUGUGUCGCUGUUCGCUGUCUUUGCCCUAGGCUUUACGGCCGUCGUACGGAACGGUGAGAGGCUGCUUAGCUUCUACCUGAAGUGCCUCGUCGUUCUCUCUGCAAUGGCUUUCUCCGCGUCGCUUUGUACAGCGUGUUUACCCUUCGUAGCAAGCCCCCUGGUUAGCAGGCUCAUCGGCGCUGACGGCCUGAAGAUGUACGGUAUAGCUCCUGAAUGGGACCGCGCCUUCAACUUGGUACAGGUGAACCUACAGUGCUGCGGCAUUGGUUCAGGCGGUUUCCGAGAAUGGUCGCACAAUGACGCCUUCAAGUGCUCCGCGGAUAACCCGAGCUCAACUCGCUGUGGCGUGCCGUCGUCCUGUUGCAAAACCCACAAAGGUGUCCGUGCCGACUCCAGUUGUGGCCGCGGUGUACAGAACCAGACGGACGCGGUGGCAUGGAAACGUGUCUACAGACAAGGCUGUGUUCAAGCUGCGAUGGACUCGCUCCGUGGCAGGAUGAUUCCGUUAGGAGGAAGUGUCAUCGUCGUUGCGUUGUUGGUAAUCAUCGCGGCAGCUUCGACGAGGUAUAUGAGCAUGAGAGAAGAGGCCCGAAGACGUAAGCGCGACCAGGAAGCCUUAAGUAAAAGCUCAACGCUGCUCUCCGUGGAAAAUCCGUACGCCGUCAACGUGGACUACGGCAGCUCUUCGCACGGUUCCUACGACCUGCAGACAUACAUGCCGGACGUUCCCGUCACCAACCGUUAUUCCGCUGCUCAGCCGUACGUCGAAUGGCCGCCCUUCUACGAGAAGGGUACCCCAUUCCCGGGCAGAUCACUCGAGAACGCGAGGCCGUGGUCUUCGCCGCCUCAGCGACACGUGGAGGGGUACGAGCCGUAUGUUCCGUACCCAACACAGGAAGGCUACCUCGAAAGAACCGCCAGCUCGCCCGUUUACUACAGCCCAACGAAGAGACUCUUAGAAGACAGGUGAAGGCUCAGGGUCCUAAUACUUCGUGUGAAGUUGCCACUAAGCGCCGUUGUAAAGUAUCCCGAGUAAAGUAUCUUCGAAGCAGCCUG